GGGAGACGGCCCAGUCUGCCUGGCCUGGCUGAGGGCUCAGGACACGGCAGAGCCCAGGGAGGAUUGGGGUCCUGGGUGGCACCUGGUGCUUCUUGGGCCUCCCUUGGACAGCUGAGAAGACCUCUCCUCCCAGCUCGGAACUACUGAGGGCUGGCUCCGAGGAGCCAUGAGCACAGAGGGGCCCAGCCCCCUCGCCUUCCUCACAGCUCCCGUCACUCCGGGGAGCCCCACGGAGGCUGCUGACCUCCUCCCCGUGCUCUUUGCCCUGACCUGCAUCUUCCUCCUGCUGACCACCUGUCUGCUGUUCAUGAUCCUCUGCAAGCCCACUGCAUUGGACCCAAGCCGCCGCCAGGCUCGUGAGUGCAUGCCCCACCACCCUGGGAGCCCCAGCGAGCCCCAGCUCCGGCUCUGGAAGCGCCUGGGCUCCUUGCGCUGCUCCCUGCACAGCUUCCGGCGUGGCCGGCCCACUCCUCGACAUCCCCUGCCGGACUGCGAUGACAACCACAAUUGUGACUGCACGGAAUCUACCAAGAUGUGAUGGGGUGUCCCUCCCAUCCAGGAUCCACCCUGGAUCCUCCUGCCUCAGACAGAGCCUGGCACCACAGACUGCAGGAGGACAGCAGCCCAAGCAACCUGGGCCACACGCCCACGCCCAGUGGUUCCCUGUGUAGCAGGCCCACGGCCUCUCCCAGAGGUGGCCCUGGAAGAAUACCUUCCUCUCUGCAGAACCUCUAGCUGUGGCUGCUGCAAGACUACUGGCCCAAUUACUGAGCACCUGCAGCUAUCCAGACCCUCAGCCCGAGUCUCCCGGCAGAAGCCCUGCCCACCUGCAGGUGCCAAAGCCCAGCUCGGAUUCCAGUGCUGGUUGCCGAAUGGCCAAAGCUUCCCUCCAGCCAAGCGAAAUAGCCCGCACUGGGCGCAAGGUACUGUCCUGUUCUCUGUGCCAACUCAGUGCCCAAGGCAAAAGGGAACCCAGGGACUUCUCUCCGUGGAUUUCCUUGGCCUGCCAGCGUUCGCCCAGUAAUCCAUGGAAGCAGCCAGCACCCUUGUGGUGGAUCUGAAGCCUGGGUGCCUGCUGGGAGGAGGGGCAAGCAGGGGGCCCUCAGCACUGCCUACCAAUCACAAUCCUGGCAGCCAUCUCGGCGGCCCCCCUUCAAUGCACCCACGUCAAGAUGGACCAUGAAGGGGCUGAGAAUGGGUUAAGAAGCUCCUUGCAGAGGCCAGGACUGGUGCUGUGUCAGAACGGCAGGAGGCACUGCCAGCAGCUGGAGGUGAUGCCACCUGGGCUCUGAGGACACAUCAUAGUAGCUCCUCAGGAGGGAGGGUCCUGAGCUCUCCAGGACAGCUGGGGGACCUCAGGUGUGCUAUCUGUGUUUUUGGCAAUUGCUUCGUUGACUGGGUACCUGUCAAAGCAAUCCCACCCUAGGAUGGGCUUCUCAGAAUCCCACACCCUCAACCUUUCCUCCCAAGGCCAGGGCCAAACACUUUGGUUGGGUCCCAAAUUUGGAGAGUGGGUAGAGGGCGACUGAGUGGCCUCGUUCCUGCCCCAGAGAGUCAGCUGGCCAGGGCCACCUUGUGCCCCACCCAGGGCUGCCCCAUCCCACCCCGCUGUGACCCAUAGUGCAGCUAGCCAAGUCUUAUCAAGUGUGAACUCCGGUUUUUCCACUCCCCAGCUCCAAAACCUUCACUGGCUUCCUACUGCUCGCUGGAGAAAGCCAGAACUCCUUAGUCUGGCCUUUGGCGCCCACUGGGCACUGGCUUCAAACUAUCUUUCUAGCCUCAUCUUGACCCAGGACUCCAGGCAAACUGAAUUACCUGUCCCGGCCUGGCUGUGGGUUAUGCUUCACACGGCAUGCCCUCUGUGAAGCCCUCUUUGCUAUCCAGCUGAAAGCCACCUCCUGCCUGGCACUGCCCCUCCUCAUCACACCCCUGGGAGGAAGGACAGGGAUCACUUCCUCUUGGCGGGGUGGGUCAUCCUUGUUUGUGUCUUCUUCUUCCUACAAGCCUGGGAGCUCGCAGAGAGCGAGACUGUGUCCAACCCCUCACUCUGCCUCACCAGCUCCGGGCACGGAAGUACGGGCCCUCUCUUUACUGCUUGCAGGGUGGCCCAGUCUGGGGUGUCCCCACCCCUCAAAGCUGAAGGAGUCCUGGGGGAGCCCUCGUCUUCCCUUGGACACCCCUACAGAGAAGCCUUCUCUCCAAGCAGGCCCUGACGGACAGGCCCACUGUGCCUGCCUUCCAGGCCAGUCUGAUGCCAGAGUGAGGCCAGCAGCUUCCUUCCAGUGCCUUGGAGAAGUCACCAGUGCCUGAAUUUCUCCUGAGAAACAGGGAGAAUGAGGGCUGCCCUAUAUUACUUACGCGUUCUAGGAUUUCAGGCUGAGUAUUGUGUAAAUAGAAACCAACUCUUCGGGUUAGAAAGUGGGGCAAGCCUCCUCCCACAGGGCUUUGUGACCCCUCCCAUCCAGCUUGUUAACCUCUUCCUGGUUCCCUCCUUCAGGUCUCCCUGAGUCAUCCCAGGAUGAACUCCACCUGCAGUUAGUCGUCAUGUCAGCCCCUGGCCAGUGGGCCUUCUCUUCCUGGAGACCAGGGGUGGGGGUGAGGCUGCCCUGGGGCCUGAAGGGGAAGGAAAGGCUGGGGGUGGGGAGGGUGCUCUCAAAGGUCUGGCCACACCCCUACAUCUGCCCCCAGGGUGGUCCUGGGGGACCUGCCUGGGAGCCAGCAGUGGCAGUGUGGGGGAAAGAGGUCCCACAGUUUUGGAGGGUGGGUGCUCUCCAAGCCCCCAGCAGCUGAGGCCCAGAGGGAGAGAACCUCCACCUACUUUCUUUGGAAACCAGCACCAGACUCUUACAAAUCCCCCUGGCUCCCUGGACUCUCAGGGCCUCUCCUGCCCCCUCUUGGCCCCAAUGCAGGGAGGUGGGCACACUCCCAGCCUCCCACACUUCUGCCCCUCCCAAGCCCGGGAGCCUGUCCCGGUGAACAGGCCCAGAUUUGCUGUGUUUGGCUCAGCCUCCACCCACGGGAAACCCCGCAGCUGGUGA